CCUUUUCCUUUAAAGCAGCUUAUGACGUUUUCUCAAGCCCUACAACGUCAGAUGAGCCUGAAAUAUCAGAGCCCCACACAGCAACAACGGAUCCAUUUCUGGAUUCUGUCCCACCUAAAACUUCUAGAACUCUUGAACAGCCAAGGGCAACACUGGCUCCAAGUGAAACGCCAUUUAUUCCUCAAAAACUGGAAAUCAUUACCAGUCCUGAAAUGCAACCUACAACACCUGCUCCCCUGCAAACUACACCUAAACGACGCCUCAGGCCCAAACCACCAAGAACCAAGCCUGAAAGAACCAAAAGUCCUGGAACAACUACUUCUAAACUUUCAAUGAGCCCUGAACCUACAUGGACCACACUGGCUCCCAGUAAAACACAAUUUAUUUCUUUGAAACCCAAAAUCCCUCUGAGCCCAGAAGUGACACACGUCAAACCUGCCCCAGAACCUCUGACUCCAACACCAUCACAGUCAACAAUAGCCUUAGAACCUGGAACACUGGAAACCAAACCUUCAACAACAACAUUAGCUCCACCAAAGACCAAAAGACCAGGUCGUCGCCCCCGCCCCAAAACCACACGUAGCCCAGAUGUGCCCAAGUCCAAACCUGCUCUGCAACCUGCUACGGUACAACCGGAGCUCUGGGUGCCCACAGUCGAUUCAAAACCACCAAAGCAAUUACUUCCUAAACCCCAAACCACAGCAAAACCAGAUAUGCCAUCAACUAAAUCCG